GUGACAUAAUGUAGGGUGAGAUGGGCGGAGGGAACGCGACAGGGACUGAUAACAGGAUACCAUAAAUAGCCUGCUAAAGGCGGGACUUCCGAGAGGCUUUUAAACCUCUCUCCGACUAUCUUUUGACGCCUUGUUCACCAAUGUCCAAGAUUGAAACCACUACCUAUGACUCAUUCGAGUCCACACUGGCCGUCCACCGUGACAAACCCCUCACAUGGUGCAAAACAUUUUCGAUCCUCUGGGGCACAGUUUCGACUACUGCCCUAACUAGGUGCUGGCCUGCAUUGAUUGGCACUAUCAUCUGGUCGUCCUCAAUAUGCGUGCUUAACUAUUAUACGCACGGAAUAUGGUCGAUUCAGCCGACUGUCAUCACCGUGUUCGGUACCGUCCUCGGUUUCAUAAUAUCCUUUCGGACAUCGUCCAGUUUCGAGCGUUAUAAUGAGGGCGCCAAACUAUGGUCUGAUCUUGUGUUGAACUGCCGCAUCUUUGCUCGGACAGUGUGGUUUCAUGUCCCAGAUAACGCUAUUUCUGUUCCCCCAAAGGAUUGUCACCAUACGGUUGCUGAUGAAAUAACCAAUCAGGACUUAGCGAAGACCCAGAAGGAACACGCUAUGACCCUGAUUGAGAAGAAGACGGUAGUGAAUUUACUCGAGGCGUAUGCUGUCGCCACCAAGCACUACCUGCGAGGGGAAGAAGGAAUUCACUACAAAGAUCUUUACCCGCUUGUUCCCUUCCUCUCUUCAUCCCAUUACUCGUUUCCCGCCAUUAUCCCUUUUAAAAAUGACGAAAUUCGGAAGUUACGCAGUAGGCAUACACAUAACCCGAAUCACGACACACCGAAUCUCUCUGGGGAUGCAGCCGUCCAAACACACGAAGUGGCAGUGCCUGAGUCUUUGUCAAGACCCGUUAAUCGAUCACUUUGGAGGGACACCGCCAAAACCAUCGCACCCCCUUAUUAUGAUCCAGAGUCUCUUCUGCCCGCCGAACUACCUCCUAGGCGCAGCUGGCGAUCAGCUUCCCCAUUUCCGGUCUUCUUUUGGACAUCUUACAUUUGCGCACUCCAAACCCGCAAAACUGUGAGCGAUCCAACUUUAGAUGUGCUUACUGCGACGCUCAAUCAGCUCGUGGGUGCCUUGACUGGGUUAGAAAGGAUCCUUGCUACUCCGAUUCCGUUUUCUUACUCCUCGCACCUAUGGAUGAUUACAAUGCUUUACCUUGCAGCUUGGUAUGCAGGAGUAUUUUUCCGCCUACAGCUAGUUGAUAUCGUCGUUAUAUGUGAUAGCCCUUCCAGCUAUGGACCACACUUAGGUGGUUUACUAUUCCAGCGACUAGUUGGGCUUUCUACAGCUUUCUUGUGGCCGGGGAAGAAAUUGAAAAUCCGUUUGGCAAGUUUUCUCAUCCCGAAUGACCGAUACGAUCUUACCACCAUCUAUCUGAUAGGCUAUGGCAAGAAUGACUUGAACCUGAGAUAUUUGGUGGAGAAUAUCAUACGCGAGUCUUAUUUUUGGAAGGAACUUCGUGCUAUUACAUCAACGCCGGCCCCAAACAUAGCGAUAUGGGCGUUCUCGAAAGAGAACAAUUUUCUUCAAGUUGAGAAAUAUUCGAAGGACAACUCGGACAAAACACCGCAGGCCUGGGUUGACAAGGGGAAGGAGAAGAUUCUCAACGCUUUGUACGUAUAG